AAUCAACAACGUCUUCUGGUUUCUCGUGAAAAAAUGAAACUGUAAAAUUGUGUAAAAUUCAUUAUUGGAUUUUUUUAAAAUAAAAACUUGUUUUUUUACAAUCGACCGAUAAUUUUAAAUUAAAGAAAGGCAAUUUUUGAUAAAAAAAUAAUGGCUGAAGUGAAAACAAAUAAUAAUUUGAUAUUUAAUUCAGCGGAUGAUGAAAAGAUUUGUACGUCGAAAUUGAAAUUUAAUAAUUUUGAACUCACAUGGAAUAUUGAGAAUUUUGAUUUUAUUUGCGCGAAUAUAAAAAUAAUUGAAUCGCCAAAAUUCCCCUCGAAGAACAACAAUAAAGGCCAAUGGUUCCUUCAAUUAGAGCCUACGGAAUUAAAUGAAAUUAAUAAUGAAAACUUUAAUGUUCUCUUGAAAAAUGUCGACGAUAAUGAAUAUUACAUGAAUGUUAGCGUGAAAUUUUUCACCUCUACAAAACUUGUUAAAAGUCUUGUGAUAGAUCCCACAACUCCGAAUAAGACAUAUUUUCUCACGAAGAAAUGUCCAUUAAUUUGGAGUAUAACUGCAUCGCAAUUUUUCACCGAUUUUCAAAAAUUAAUACCCAAGGAUAUUACAAUAAAUUGUCAAAUUAGUGUCUUUGAUUCGGGAAUAACUGUCAUUGAAAAACCAAUUGUUGACCCCUUUCCAAAAUAUGAUGAUUUGAUUGGAGAUAUGGAUGGUUUUUACAGAGACAAACAUCACACGGACGUUAUUUUUGUCAUUGGAAGAAGAAAAUUCCCAGCUCACAAGGCAAUUCUAUCUCUUCGAAGUUCCACUUUUGCUGCGUUAUUUAAAAAUAAAAUCUGGAAAUCAGAAACUGGUAAAGAGGAACUUAAUUGCUUUGUUAGAGUCGUAGACACUGCACCUUCAGUGUUUGAGAAUAUUCUCAAUUUUAUUUACACUGAUAGAGUUGAAAAUUUACAAGAAACAUCAAUGGUUCUUUAUAUUGCGGCGAAGAAAUAUCAACUCAAUAAAUUACAAUCAAUGUGCAUUGGCAGUUUGAAGAAGAAUUUGUCACAAGAGACAAUUUUUGAUACACUAAAGUUUGCCAAUCAGGAAUCAAUUUUAAAUUUGAAAAAAGAAUGUUUUAAACGUUUGAAUAAUGAUUUAAUGCCAAUGAAGGAUACGGAGGAAUUUUUUAAAUUUGGACAAGAAUUUCCAUAUUUAGUUGAAGAAAUUAAUAAAAUGGCAAAUGCAGUAAAUGUUGAAAAUAACCAUAUGGAUGAAGGAACUCAGAUGUUGAACUUAACAUUUCGGGAUCGAAAAUAAAUCGAAUUUCGAUGGAUUUUAAAAAAAAAACAUGAUGACAAUUCAUUGCAAGCAUUUACAACUGACAAUAUCAACAUUAAUAUAAUUUUCCACAUGAUUGAAGGAAUAUACACAGAAUAAGCGAAGAUGAUUUAUCUUUACUAUUCAGUGCGACUUAAAGAAGAAAAGAUAUAUUAUUAUAAUACUACUUAAGAUAUGUUAAUAUUUGCAAUCGAAAAUUUUAUUUGCAAAUUUCUACUCUAUACCAAAGUAUUUAAACUUUAUUUACUUUGAAAUUAUUCCUACAAGUUUAUCGCUAGUUGAAAAAAAAGCUAAAAGCAUUAUUAUUGUUUUUAUAAAAUACGAUCAGAUUUAUUUUAUCGUCAAUUGAUAAUUAAAAACUUUCGUAUGUGCAUUAUGUGAAAGUAUAAAUAUUACAAAAAAAAAGUUGAGAAUAAAAAUAUUUUUAUAUAUAUUCA